UCUUGUUUCCGUCCGGUGCCUGCUCGGCUCCCCCCGGCGCCAGCUCGGGGCUGCUUUAACUAGCGGCUCCCUGCUUCCCGCGAGCACAGGCCGCACUGGCAGGCCCUAGGGGCUGCAACCUCUGCCCUGUGGGCCAGAUUCGCCUCCUUCCUACUCCGGAUUGAAGCCAGUUCUAAUCUUCUAGACUAGGAUACCAGUAAUGCCGUUCCCACCUGAACACAUGAUAAUCAGAUGACUUUCAAAGCACUUGUAAGAUGAACAUUCGCUGUAGCAGAUGCCUAGAGGAAGAGGUGACCUUCUAAGCAGCAAGAUGAGUGAAUGGCAAAGGAUUUUUGUGCAAAAUCUGACUGUUCCUCCACACUCCCAAAGGAGACGACAUCUCCCGAGGGAAUCAAUAGCAUUUCAGUGUGUCCUGAAGUAUGUUGAGGGGAAUUUAAUUAAGCAGAGAGUUCUAGAAGGCUUGUCAGAGGUUGAAUACCAGCUCUGUCUGUCCCUCUUUGACAUCACCUAUCGUCAUUUCUUUGGGAGAACAUGGAAAAGUACCACAAGACCUCUCAAAGCUGUGCCAGGACAACCACCCAAAGUGGUUUUCAAUGAGACCAUUUAUUUUCACACAUCUUUAAACCAUCCCAGCAUCGUCACAGUGGUGGAAGUGGUGGCUGCAGCCAAGAAGCGAGAGGGGGCUCACCAGGAUCUGUCUUGUGGGUUUGGAAUUCUGCACCUGUUCAACAGCAAGUCAGAACCAACAGAUGUGGCCACCAAGGACAGAGGGCUCCAGCUGUAUCACGGGACACCUCGAGCGCUUCUGCAUCCCCUCCUCCAGGACCCGAUAGAACAGAAUAAAUACAUGACGGUGAUAGAGAACACUCAUCUUCAGUAUACCUUAAGGCCACACCCGCCCCUCGAGACCAUAUAUCACCUCCUCCCUGAGAAUAUGCUGGUGUCUGGGCUGCAGAAAAUUCCUGGCUUGCUGCUAACACAUGGAGAAACAAAUGAUUUCUUUCGAAAACCCCACCUCAUGAAAUCAGUCACGUGGUACUUGGAUAAACUGUCCAUUAAUUUGUACCCUUCAUUAGAAAAAUUUGAGGAAGAGCUGCUGGAUUUACUCAACAGUGAGCGUUUACUUAAGGAUAGCUCCUCAGUGGAUGGGAGUGAAGUUCUCAUUCAGGAACGACGGCUGCACAUCGGGGUCCACAAUGGCUUAUGCUUCGUUCAGACGCCUCAGGUGGUGGUGUUGGUGCCAGAGGGCGAGGUGGCUCGGGGGCGCUCGGCCAGCUUCCACAGGAAACAAGGCCUCAGCGCCAAACCAAGCAUGGUAGGUCAAGCUCUGGUUUUGAGAAGCCGCAUUCGUUUGACCGAGAUGGUCCGUCACCCAGCGUUCGCAGUUGUCUUCCAGCUGGAGUAUGUUUUCUGUGCACCAAGUGGAGCUGACAGGAAGGCAUUGUCCAUUUCCUCUUUGACUAAAGCAGCCUAUAUGCAUUCCAUCCGAUGGACUGUUUGGAAUCCUUUGCUGGACUCGUGUUCCAUGGAAGUGAUCUUACCACUUCAAGGAGGCGCCCAGCAUAAUCCCAGCCAUGUGUUAGUUUACAAGAUGCCGCCCACCAGCAUGAGCUCCGAAGAGGUGAAGCAGGUUGAGUCUGGCACAGUCCAGUUCCAGUUUUCCACUGAUUCAGAGGAACAUCUCGGGACUUCUGCAAAUUCCUUAAGUAACAACAGAGGAGAGCUGCUCCGCUCAGCGAAGCCAUCCACACCAUCUCUGAUAGGUGCACCAUCUUCACCCCAAAUGUUGGUUUCCACUCAAGACUAUCCUCAAGGACCUGGGUUGUCAAUAUCUCAGUUGUCAGCAUCACUUCGCUCUCCUCCUGUAAGCCAUUCGUCCAAACCCCCUUUGCAACAGCAAACUGGCUCUCCAGUACCCCGCUCCCGUGGGAUGCGCCGACGUGAACGUGCACAGGAGCUCCCAGGUGGAGGCAGCAGCGGUGGCAUAACUCACUUGGAGGCUGACCUCAGCCCCAGCUCCUUGGUCCUGGAUUCCUCUGCAAGUGACCAGCUGCAGGAGCUGCUGUUCACGCCCGUGCACGCACCUAUUGUUGCCAUGGGAACACAGACUGGAAGCUCUAGCUCUGUCCUCACUCGGGCCUCUCUGUCUCGCUUGCAUGCCGCUGGCUUUCCAGAAAUCCUGGAUUGUAACAAGGAGCCAGCAGAAGUUGUGGACCCCACAGACCCUGUGAACUUCAACCCUCAAAGGGAAGAAGCUGACUUCUUGCAAAGUAAUGAAAUCAUUUUGCAGUUCCUCGCCUUCACCAGGAUUCCACAGGAUGGCAUGGGGACAACUUGGCCAAAGACUAUGUAUUUCACAUUCCAGUUUUACCGUUUCCCACCUGUCACAACACCACGAUUGCAGCUGGUGAAGAUGGACCAGUCUGAGACAGACAGUUCAGCUGCAUCUUCCCAUAUCUUAUUCCGGAUCAACAAAGAUGGAACCCUUAAGAGUGAAUCUCCAGGGUUGCAGCUAAAGUAUAUGGUGGAUCCUGGUUUUCUGAAGCCAGGAGAACAACGCUGGUUUAUACGUUAUAUAGCUGACCAUAAUCUACAGAUUGAUAUUUGGGAUGGAGAUUCUUUGCUCCUCAUUGGAUCUGCUGCAGUUAAGCUGAAGCACUUGCUUCGCCAGGGUCGGACAGCAGUUCAGGUCCAUCAUGAGCUGGAGGUGAUGACAACCGAAUACGAGCAGGACACAACAGUGAUGAGUGGGGACGUUCUCAGACAUGGCACUGUGAAGCCCAUAGGAGUCUACGCUGUUGUGAAAGGCCGACUUCACCUGAGUUUGGGCAAUGUUGGUCACCCGUGUGAGCAGAGGCUAAAGAAAUCAAACUCCUUGCCACCCUCCCGUUCUCGCAUUGUCUCCUCGCAUGAUGGGACCAGCAACUUCCAUGGAGGCAGCUUGUUCUCCCUCAAUACGCCUGGGGCUAAGAACGUGUCCCAAGCCCAGAAGCUGGCGGACGUGGACAGCGAGCUGGCUGCCAUGCUGUUCAGCCGCCUGCAGGAAGUGAGCACAGUCUUCCAGCAUGCCAGCCGCGAGGCCAGUGCCAUCCGCAGGCGGAAGCUGGAGAGGAUGAUGAUGGUGCGACAACUCGAAGCCCAGGAGGAUGUCAGUGGGAGGAGAGCAAGCCUCAUGGGCCGGCGUGAGGAGCGCGUGCAGCACUCCAGGGACCUGCAGAUUAUAGAUGCCUACCGGGAGCGCAUCAAGGCCGAGAGCAUCUCCAGCAUGCUGAUUCAGGCCAUCACCUCCAGCUACACUCUCUAUGCCACGCUGGGCACAGCAGAGUUCUUUGAGUUUGCCCUGAGAAACCCAUACAACAUCCAGCACACGGUGACGAUCGAGAUCAACCACCCGGAGCUGAGUGUUAUUAUGGACAGUAGGGAGUGGAGACACUUCAAAGAGCUGACCCAAACGUUGACUACUCCAGUAGAAGAGGACAUGUUCCAUCUUCAGGACAACCUCAUGCCUCAGGUCUACCUGCGUCCCAGAGAGACCAUUCACAUUCCAUUUAAAUACCAGACCUUCUCUGUAGACCACGCUGUCAUGAUGCAGCAGGGCCCUGCUGAGCUGAGAUUCAAUAAAGACCCAGAAGCUGCACCCCCCUGGAAGUCCAGUGCCAUGCUGACAAAACGCAUCAAGAUCUCCUUUAAGGCAAAUGGUGACAAACCCAUUGCAAUUCUCAGUGUUAAUGUGGAGCCCCAGCCCCAUGUGGUGGAUCAGACAUUCCGAUUCUAUCACCCGGAGCUCACCUUCUUGAAGAAGUCCAUACGGUUACCUCCAUGGUACACCCUGCCAGGUGCCCCAGCAGGAAUGCCAGGUGGGGAACCGGAGAUGUAUGUCCGCUGCAGUGAUCCCAACAUCAUUUGCGAAACAAAAAAAAUGGGUCCUGGGGAGCCACAGGAUGUGUUCUUAAAAGUAGCUGGAGGACCAAGCCCACAGAUCAAAACAUUCUUUGUUGCUAUUUACACGGACGCCUGGCUUGCUGCUCCCAUUCAGAUCUGGCAAUUUUACCUUCACUCGCUGCAACGUGUGGACGUUAGCUGCAUAACUGGCCAGCUGACCCGCCUUUCCUUGGUUCUCCGGGGCACCCAAACGAUCAGGAAAGUGAGAGCUUACACCUCGCAUACACAGGAGCUGAAGGUGGAUCCCAAAGGCGUGUUUAUUCUUCCUCCGAACGGGAUGCAGGACCUACAUAUCGGUGUGAGGCCUCAGAAAGCUGGCAACAGAUUUGUUUACCUCAAUCUGGUGGAUGUGGAGUACCACCAGCUUGUUUCGUCCUGGCUGGUGUGUGUUUCCUGCCGACAGCCUGUCAUUUCUAAGGCAUUUGAAAUAACACUCCCUGCUGGCGGAGGGAAAGGCUCCAACAAGCGGAUCACAUACACGAACCCAUAUCCCUCCAGGAGGAUGUACUUCCUGCAUACCAACCGAGCUGACCUGCUGCAGUUCAAGGAGGAUUCCUUUGAGAUUGGAGGAGGGGAGAUGUACACAAUUGGCUUGCGGUUUGCACCAAGCCAGAGCACCGGGGAGGAGGAGAUUCUGAUUUAUAUCAAUGACCAUGAAGACAAGAAUGAAGAAACCUUCUGUGUGAAGGUUGCCUAUCAAUAAAGAGGAGGGUUUGCCUAAGGGCCAGUAGAGCGACGUGUUCCUGGAGCAUCUGUCGAAGCUUUCAUCUUACUCCACCUACCAUGAGACGUAGUCCUGUUGUUAUUAUCAGCUUUAGAGACUUUUCCCUCCAUAGAUUGUCUGUUUCUGAAUUUCCUUGACCAGGUUUAUUUGUAGACAGAAAACCGAUUGAGCUGCUCUGUGAACCUAGCCCACAUGCUGGCAGGAUGUGUUUCCUUCCUCUUUGCAGUUUGCCACUAUCUAAUCAAGCCAUGGCCAAGUCACUAUGAUUUAUUGUCUGACUGAAUUCUUGGCACACUGACAUGACCUCCAAUGAUGUAACAUAGCCAUAUUUGUUCUACUUAAAAUGGUAAAUUAAUCCCUAUAUAUUUAUACCAUAUACCAUGGUCCAGACGAUUGUCACUACUUCUGUUAUGCUUUGCUGGGCCGUGAGCUUGUUUGGAUUUUUAUUUUUUUAAUUCUUUUUUAACAGAUCUUAAAAAGCUGCAUUUCCAGAA